CGAAUCCCCUCUACAAAUCGAUUGCACGGGGUUGUGCGGCGCAUCAACUGCCGUUGGAGGCCACUUCUGUUUCCAGCACACUCGAAGCAAGCGCGUGCGGACUAUGGAUCUCACCAGAGCCGUCGCUCGUGGCGACACUGCGAGAGUGACCGAACUCCUCCAGAGCGGCGUCGACCCGGAUAGCCGCGACAAGUAUGGAACACCAGUGCUCGUUACUGCGGCGAAGAAAGGCUACGUCGGUGUCGCGCAGUUGCUUCUCAACGCCAGCGCCACUGUCGACCUGACUGCACUGAAAGGCGAGACAGCACUUAUUGUGUCACCUUUUGGUGGCUCCGUCGAGCUCGUACGACUGCUUCUAGAGCAUAGCGCCGACGUCAACUACAGCUGUCCGAUUGGGACACCGCUACAAGUCGCGGCCAGUGCCGGCAAAGAAGACAUUAUCGACGAGCUCCUUGCGGCUGGAGCCAACGUCAACUUCGAAGGCGAUACACAAAUCGCACCGAUCUUGAUUGCAGCGUCGUCUGGACACGUCGCCACUGCUUUGCGACUCGUGUCGGCCGGUGCCAACCUGGCCAGCGUCGACAAGAACGGGGAGGGGGCUGUCUUUCGUGCGGUGCAUAAAGGCCAUGCCGACAUGGUCCGCCUUCUUGUGGACAAUGGCGCAGACCCAAACGCUACGUCACCUGCUGGAUACCCGCCAUUAUAUGUCGCUUGUGUCACGGGUCGUACCGACUCGGUGGGGGCCCUGCUGCAGGGUGGAGCGAACGUCAACCCAACCGACACCACUCCAUGCCCAUGCCUCGUGGCGGCAGCGACCUUCGGUCACUCGGAAAUUGUAGCACUACUGCUCGAGGCGAGAGCCGACGUGAAUGUGAUCGAAAGCAAGGCAGGGGCUACAGCAAUGUAUGGGGCCGCCUGCCGUGGCCAUGUUGACGUUGUGCGCCAGCUUGCGUACGCGAGAGCCAAACUCGACGUGCUCGCCUUUGACGGGACAACGCCACUUGACGCUGCUUUCGAGGGCGGACACAAGGAUGUCCUUGCUGUCCUUCAUGAUGUGCGUACCAAGAAAAUGGAGCUGCUCCAUGCAGCCCGGCUUGGUGAUGUCCAAAUCAUCCAAACUCUCUUGUCGGAAGGCCUUAGCGUCAACGAGACGGACGAGCACGCCAACUCGCUUUUGCAUUUGGCUCUGCUCGGUCGUCACGAACCGCUUUUAGCAGAGCUUUUGCACCACGAGGAGUGCGAACUCUACGGUGUCAAUAAGUUUGGCGAGUCCCCGACAACGAUUGCCGCAAAGCUGGGUAUCCCGUCACUCAUUCAUCGGUUGCAUGCUGUACAAGCCUCGAUUUCGACCGAGGUGGAUCCUUGCUCCACGGUGCAUCUCCAAGAGAUUGGCCGCGGUGGCUUUGGCAUCGUCUUCAAGGGCACGCUUCAUGGCCACGGCGUAGCCGUCAAGGUGCUACGGAACUCUAAAUUCGGUGCCGCAAGCCUUCGAGAUGAAAUUCAAAUCCUCAAAAACAAUCCGUCGCCGUACCUUGUGCGGCUGAUCGCCACCGCUGAUGCCGCAUCGGACGCGCCGCAGCUCUUUUUCGAGUACAUGGACGGCGGCAGCCUCACUUCGUACCUCGAGAAGUUGGCCAAGGACGAGGUGGGCCUUGUCACCUACACGCCCAUUGAGAUUCUCUGGGUCGUUGCCAACGCUUUGAACGACCUCCACAAGAAGAACGUCGUCCAUCGGGAUAUCAAGCCCGACAACAUCCUCCUCUCGUCCAAGCACUACAUCAAAGUGGGUGACGUCGGUAUCGCCAAAGAAGAGUCAACGUACAUGACGACGGGGGCUGGCACGAGCAAGUGGCGCGCGCCCGAAGUGCUGACGUCCGGAAGUGGCUACGGGAAGGCGGCCGACAUUUACUCGUUUGGGAUUCUCCUCCAGACGCUGUACCCUAACCCUACCGAUCCAAGCACCGAGUGGGCCCAAGCUCUUGCAGCGGACUGCACGGCGGUGGAUCCAACGCGCCGUCCAACGGCGGCCGAGAUCGUCGAACUCAUGCUGCCCAAGUUGCAAUCGCAGCUGCACCUUGUGGCGUCCAUGCAUGCCUUUGAACAAGACAAGGCGGCGGGUCUUCAAGUUCCUGAAUACGUCUCGCUGCCUGCUGGCAUCGAAAGACGGACGAUGCCCGCAGCUCCUUCAACGACAACGCUGGUUACAGUGUCGCCUGCCUUCCCUCUGGGCAUUGGGCAGUUCUCGAGUUUUUCGCGAGACGAGGAAUUGAUCGAAGCCAUCGAGGACAGCAAAGUCGAAAUCAUUCGCACCUUGAUAGAGAGUGGAGUGCACCCCGACGGCACAGGAGUGGGGGAUAUGACACCACUGAUGCAUGCAGUGCAUUUCAAUGACAUCGCCGUGAUCGAUGUGCUGCUCGCAUAUCACGCCGACGUGAACAAAGCUUGCUGCAGUCAUUCCACUGCAAUGCAUCAAGCAGCGAGACAGAGCUCGAGCAAGACAAUCGAGAGGCUGCUCCGCGUCGAAAACGCCAAUGUCAACGUCAGGGACGGCGCGCAAGACACGCCGUUGCAUCUGGCGAGUGCGGAAGGGUGCUUGACGAAUGUGCUUGCUCUUGUGAACGCUGGUGCCGAUCUCGAGGCCACCGAUGUGAACAUGAAUCGACCAUUGCAUUUUGCAGCGUCGUAUGGACGCAAAGACGUCGCUGCCUUGCUCGUCAGUUGCAGCGCACGAACGUCCGAGCGCAAUGCGGGUGGCGAGACGCCAUUGCAUAUUGCCCUUAUGUGCAGUCAUGACAACGUGGCCACACUUCUUGUGGAGGCGGGUGCUGACGUCCACGUCCUCGCGAGCGGACGUAGCCCAUUACAUUGUGCUUGCGAAUAUGGAGUUGCCAAGGUCAUUCCAGCGCUACUUGCCCGAGGCGCCGACGUCAACGCCAAACAUGACUUGGCAUCGCUGCUCGUCUCGGCCAUUGAAGGAGACCGCAUGGAUGUUGCUGCGGCGCUUCUGGCGUCGCCCCACAUUGAUCUCCACGAAUGCCAGGACGACGGCCAAACGAUCUUGCAUGCCGCUCUGCUCAAUGGCAACCAUGAAAUUGUUCGAAGACUGAUCCAAGCGGGCGUCGAUGUUGACCAAAGAGAGACAGAGUUGGGCGUAAACGCCUUGGACCUGGUCCUGAGAAUGAAUGACCGCGAAAUGGACCACAUUGUGACGCCCGCCAGUAAUCAUCUGCAAGCAUUGAUGCGCGCACUGCGUCGCCAAAAUGUACCCCGCUUUGCCGCCCUGCUUCAAAAGCCAAACAGCUGUAACUUCUCCGACGAGGCGGGCAACUCUCUGGUCCACAGCGCCGUACUCGCCGGCAACGAGGCGAUACUUGACCUGCUCCUCGCCCAACCGCGCGCCCAAUGCGAUACACGCAACCAUGAACAAAAGACGCCACUGGCACUUGCGAUCGAGGGUGGCAGUCGCUCGAUGGCCAAAAAGCUUUUUGAUCGCACACACAAGUCCGUGGUCGAGAUUUCGGAAGCCGAGUACGAAGUGACCACGAAAGAGCUCGGUGCCGGUGGGUUUGGUGUCGUCCUCCUCGGCUGGUACUUGGGCCAAAAGGUUGCGAUCAAGAAGCUCAAGAACGCAGGUCUCCGCAUGCCGUUCGAGGCCGAAGUCAACGCACUUCUUACCUGCCCGUCGCCAUACCUCAUGCGGUUGGUGGCCAUCGCAGACUGCGAUUCUGAGAACCCGGCGCUUCUAUUUGAUUACAUGGACAGCGGCAGUCUUCGGACGUACCUUGACAAAAAACGGUUCAACGGACGUACACGCGUGACCGUGACCAACCUCCAAGUGGCGUGGGUCGUCGCCAACGCUUUGAAAGACCUUCACGCCAAGAAGCUCGUGCACCGCGAUGUCAAGAGCGACAACGUCCUCUUGGGUGCAGGUGGUGAAAUCAAGCUCGCCGAUCUCGGCUUGGCGCGGCUCGAAGCCACCGACAUGACCGAAGCGCCUGGUACUCGGUACUGGAUGGCCCCCGAGAUCCUGCAGGCUGGAGGCACGACGUACGGUCGACCCGCCGACAUCUACGCCUUUGGCGUUCUCCUCACGGAGCUCGACACAUGCGAGCUGCCGUACUUUGACCAGGACGUCCAGGAUCCAAUUAUGUUUGUGGACGGUGUCAUCCGUGGCACUCGUCGUCCGACGUUGACGAAGAAUGGCCAGCUGUGGCUGCGCCAGUUGGCAGAGACGUGCCUACUCGGAGACCCAAAAUCGAGGCCGACAGCCAACCAGAUUGUCGAGGUGCUGCAGAAGGAAAUGGCGGCGCCUGCGACGGCCACAAAAUCGCCGGAGACAGAUACAUUUUUGCGUGCGGUGGCAAAUGACGAGAUCGACGCGGUGAGGGAACUGUUCGGGUACAGCAUGCCGUAUGCCUUGCCACCCAUCGUCGGUUCGAUACUGCUCGUCGUUGCCACGACAUCUGGUGCCGUCAAGACGCUUCGAUACCUCCUUAAAAGCUGGCCCAAUGUCAACGAGCUACAUAACGGCACCACAUUGCUCCACGGAGCUGUAUCCGCAAAUUCGAAGAAAACCCUGGAAAUGCUUAUCGACGCAGGGGCCGACGUUGACACACCCAACCACGAGGGCAAGACGGCGCUCAUGAUCGCAUUGAACACGGCAAGAACGUGCAUCACGCCGCUCCUAGCGACAGGAGCCGACGUUUGCAAUCUGGACGGAACAACCCUGCUUGAAAAGGCUCGUAACGCUGGCGUGUCGGACUACUACGUGUCAGCACUCACGAUCGCCGAGUCUCGCAAAGAAAACGUUGACAAGCCCGUGAUCAUGUGCGCCGAGUGUGGCAACUGGCAUGCGGUCGAUGCUGUUUGUUCGUGUGGCCACGACGCAUCGUCGACGGACCGCAUGGUCGCGGUGGUCCGGCGCUUGAUGCGGCUGCACCAUCGCGGCUUCUCCGUCAUGUGGAUGCGCACGUGCAAUAACUGUCACCAGUCGACAAUGACAAUCGUCGAGAUGAUCUGCCCCAAGUGCGGCACGGAGUCACGGAAGAGUAUGACGGAGCUCAAGAUGCUGAACAUUCGCCUCAAGAUGGCCAUGAAACCGACAGCAACGCGGCUCGCUCCGAACAAUGUACCGGAGAUCCCACACGGCAUUCUACGCUGGCUGGCGCGCACCAACGAGCUGGCUGCGCAGCCAUUGCGGACGCUGGAGAGCAAGGAUCGAAUCGCAGACGACGAGCAGGAACAAGCGGGCACGGGGGCGCUCGGCGGCGCCCGCUGCGUUGGGCGGUUUGUGUGUCUUCAGCACCUUCUUGAUGGCGAGGUCUGUCCCUUUAUGACACCGCGUGAUCAGAGCCAUUGCACGUCGCAUGGGAGUACGAGUCCGGUGGACCGGGCGGCCGCCAUGGGACCCACAAGGAUGGAGUCAGAGCCCGAGAUAUUGGCCGAUGAGCUUCCAAAGCCCGGUGUGCCCUUCAAAUUGCACGAGGCCAUCGUCACGCACCGGCGCGUCCGUACCGUCGAGCACUUCGACGCUAUCGUGAGUUGCUCAUCGCCGCAUCUCCUGAAGAUCGUGGCUUGCGUGGCCCCGACGAGUAUUGUCGUGUCGCAUCACGAUAGUCUCUAUGAGUUGAUACAAGUCCCGGACGAGUGCAAACUAGAGCUGGACGAAAAGGUGAACCAGAUCCAAGUCGCCUACGCCGUGGCGAAGGCCCUCGCCGAAGUUCAUAGCCACGGCCUCGUUCACGGGUAUCUCUCGAGCCACAACGUCUUUUUCGAUUCGUCCGAGUCCACCAAAGUCGGCGUCCCUGGCACGUCGGCGAUUGACGAUGCGCUGCUGGCGUGGACGGCGCCCGAAGUGCUUGCCGGCCACUCGCCUCCGUCGUUCGCGUCCGACAUUUACGCCUUUGGCAUCCUCUUGACCGAGCUCGACACGUUGAAGUUGCCCUUUGACGACUACGAUUUUGAAGACGACGUUGAGAUCACGACGGCGGUCGUCGACGGCGGCUUGCGCCCCACGCUGCGCGACGACUGCGAGCAGUGGUAUCGGAAUCUCGUCGGUCUGUGCUUGGACGUCGACCCGCACCAUCGCCCGACGGCCGCAGACCUCGUCGAGCUGCUACUCCGAGGGAUUUGGGAUUACGUCAGGUCCUGCGCUAAGUCCAAGUAGCACACGUGGGCUCUAUCAAGGCUACACAGCGCUGCUCCAAUGAACUUUGUGAUGCUGUGUA